UUUUUUGUCCAAAUCCAAAAUGUUAGUCUAAACAAAACAGUGUCAAAGUGAGGAACUCAAGACAUAGCUCCAACCGUUUCUCACAUCAAGUGAAAUCAAAUGAAACGCGUUAACGCGUAACGAAAAAAAUAUUAAAAAAAAAUAAAUACAAUACUGAUUAUCAAGCUGUAGCUGUAGAAAACAAAAUGUGUAGUCUUACAGCUUUGCCGUGGCUUUCAUUUCCUCUCUUCUUAGUUUGUCAUUUCAAGGCAACACAAGCGAGUGAAUUACACGUUUCUGUUGAAAACGCCGGGGAGCGUCUCUCGAUACGUUUAUGUUGUCCGCUCAAUGCUCUGUACAAUGAAUCGACGCAUCAGUGUCAAACGAUAGCGGAUGGCAUUCCGCUAACCGUCUGGGAGGUAUCAAACUUUUGGUCGGAUGGCAACGAGACCAAAGUGAAUCUCUUACACGAUCUCAGCUUUGGCGUGGAAAUGGUGCAGUGUAGCACACCGUUUUACUUUAAAUUUUUCGAAUAUAGCAAUGACUCGGAACAUUGUUACACACCGUAUUACCACAAGGAACUUGAGAAAUACAUCGUUGCCACUGUGGAUUGUGAUCUGGUUGACGAGUACUACAAUUUCAUUUUUGAUUCGUAUAUUUAUGGCAUUGGAUUUUCAACAAUUGUUUUGAUAUUGACAUUUUUAAUCCAUGCCUUCAGCAAAUAUGAGCAACAUAUAACUAGUCCAAAGGCAGCCGUCUGCUAUUUGGUGGCAUGGAUCCUGGCGCAUACAUUGGCAAUGUUAGCUCUGCGUUUCAGAUGCACUGAAAUGGUUUGCUAUGUUUGGUUUUUCUUCAUUGUGACACGUUGGUGCUUGCUUUACCAUGGCUUGACGACGUUGUCUACUAACUUCAGUUUCAGUAGCGCCAGAUUUUUAAUUAUUGGUGGCGCUGUUGUCACUGGAUUGUCAUCGUGGAUCCUAAGCGAUCGAUUUCCCUUGGACACUUGGCCCUCACGUAUGGUUAUUGUGCUUGUGCUAGCAAUAGCUUGUUGCAUCUUUGCACAUAGCCUCUAUCAACUUCGCGGGCAUAUGAAAGUCCUGUGCAAAAGUUUCUUUAAAUCCUUCUACUUAAUAAUUUUACCCUGGAUUAUGCUACUGCUGUGGCCAGUUCAUUAUAGGAAUAUCCCUCUAACUGUGACAUUCUAUAUUUAUUUGAUUAUGGAGGGUCCACUUAUCUUUUGGUUCUUUGAUGGAUAUGACAAAUUAUGCGGUAAACAGAGCAGUCAAAGCUCGCCCGAUGCACAUCCUGUUGAAGGAUAUUGUACGACACAGGAAGAGUUGUAUAGCCAGGGCUCUACCAUAUAAACUAAAUAAAAUAUAUAGCAUGAAAGAAAUCUCAAUACACAACCGAAGUGUAAACAUCUCGACAAUUGAAUAUUCUAGUUAGAUUACGAAAGUAAACUGCCAAUUUAAAUUAAAAUAUGAAUCUC